AGAACAAGCAGCUGCUCGUCCUUGCACUGUCCGCUGCCAUGGGUCACGAGCAAGACCACGGCGCCGGCCACCUCCUCCUCUUCCCGUUCCUGGCGCAAGGCCACCUCAUCCCGUUCCUCAACCUGGCCAGGCGCCUCGAGAGCCAAGGGCGGCGUCGCAGCAGCGGCCAGCGCCGUCUCGUGGUCACCAUCGUCAGCACGCCCCGCAACGUCGCCGACCUCCGGCGCGCGGUGCCGGCCGGAUCGUCCAUCGGCUUCGCCGAGCUGCCGUUCUCGCCGUCGGACCAUGGCCUGCCGCCAGACGCCGAGAGCACCGACGCCGUCCCGCUCCGUUCCUUCCCCGCCUUCUACAUGGCCACGGAGCUGCUCCGGCCGUCGUUCGAGGAGCUCGUGGCGGAGGUCGCGGGGAGAGAAGGGCGCCAGAACGUGUGCGUCCUCGCGGACAUCUUCCUGGGCUGGACAGCCGAGAGCGCCCGCGCGCUCGGCGUCCAGCACCGCGUGUUCCUCACCUCCGGCGCUAUGCCUCCGCCCUCACCUUCUCCAUCUGGCUCCGCCCGCCUCCGGCUGCGGCUGCACGAACGGACUCGACAGCGGAGGCAUACCUCUGUCGCUGCCAGUGGGUCUCGCUGAUUUGCAGACCGGGAUUUGAGAGUCUGGUUGGAGUUGGGUCCGAAUUUGGACCUCUAGAUCUUGCAGGUCGGAUCCUAAAUUGAAAAAAUAGGGACUCAUUUUAAGAGCCCCGCUGGAGGUGCUCUUAUCCUCUCCAAUCCCCUUUGCCUUUGGGAGGGGAGGUGACUAAGCAAACAAGGCCUAAGAGAUACUCUCGCGAUGCAAGUAGCC